AUGCCAGAGAUUGAUGAUGAUGGGCCCGAGUUGCAAGCAGCCCAGCAGAAUCCCUUUAGUCCUGCAGCAAGCCCUAGCAAUAUGGGUAUGGCACUUGAAGCAAUGCUAAAUCGCAUGGCAUCCAUGGUGGAAGCGUCAACGAAUGCUGCUUCGAUUGCUGCUACAGCUGUGCAGUCGAUGCACAAUGCACAGAGUGCGGCAGGUGCCAAAGCUGGACUUGAGGGCCGUGACUUGCUUAAAAUCCUCCCUAAGCCUGAACCCUUUAAGGUUGACAAGGCCGAAGAUGAGCACAGCCGCUGGCAUAGUUGGUACUGGGUGUUUAGACAGUUCUUGGUGGCAGUAGAUCAAAAUUUCGAUGCGGAAAUUUCUGAAGUGGAGCGAUCCUUGAACAACCCAGUCUUGAUUGUCAGUGCAGAGCAGCAAGCCCGGAGCUUUCAGCUGUAUGCUCUCUUGAGUACCUUGAUCAAAGGAAGGGCCUUCCAAACUGUGAAACAGAUCAACCACCAGCAGGGCUAUGAAGCUUUGAGAAUGCUGUUGUUGCAGUUUCAACCAGAGCCAUACUUGCCGCAAAUCUUGGAGUUGGAACGAGCUUUUGAACAGUAUUCCCUUGCCAGUGGAGUGAUGCGCCAACACAUCUGUGCGUCACUGCCUGAGGAUGCCUCCUAUAAUCGUCUUCAGAAAGGAAAAGGCAAAGGAGGUGGAAAGGGCAAAGGCAAGGAUACCAAAGGUGGCAAGGCUAACAAAGGCAAAGGCAAAGGAGGAGGCAAGGGCAAAGCAUGGAGUGCCCAGGAUUGGAAGGGCAACGCGAAGGGAUCCAAGGGCAAAGAUGCAAAAGGCGGCAAAGGCAAGGGCAAAGGUGGUUCCAUGCAGGUGCAAUCAGGUCCCACGCAGGUGCAAUCAGGUCCAGUGCAGGUGCAAUCAGGUCCCACGCAGGUGCAAUCAGGUUCCGUCGAGGUCACAGGCCAGGAGGUGUGCAACAUGGCGUCAUGCACAGGUCCCAGGUCAGGUCAGGCGCCAGCCAGUGCAGCAAGUGCAAGUUGGUACGACAUGUCGUGUACUGAUGAUGAUGCACAGUGGACCCGUUGCUCAGAUGAGUGUGCAAGUGACAUGUCCUUUGAGGCCAUAGCAGCCCCAGUGAGAGGUGUCAUCAGGGUAGCUGGGUUUCGUCCUGAGAUUGAGCCGUUGCCCGUGGUUGAGGAGGUCACAGAAGUGGUGCUCGACUCUGGAGCCGACGAGUCGUGUCUGCCGUAUGCAUAUGCAGGUGUAGGUUGCAAGGCAAGCACAAAUCAGAGGGCAAACUUUUCGGAUGCCCAAGGAAACCCGUUGCGGGCUUACGGAUGGCGCUAUGCUCAGGUCAUCCUUGACAAUGGCGUCACCUUUCGUGAGCGCUUCUUGGUGACUGAUGUGACGUCACCCCUGCUUGCGUGCGGAAAGUUGUACAAGGCUGGAUGGAGUGUGCAACAUGAGAACAAUGAGCUGGUGCUGUCCAAGGGUUCUCGGAAGGUGCCCGUGCGGUUUAGGCAUAACAGCCUUGUUGUGGAUGGAAGCAUCAGGACUGUGACCAGCAAGCCGUCUGAUGGCUUCGUUCGUGCUGUCAGCUUGAACCCUGUUCUUGAAAGUAUGGUCAACAAGGGCAACGAGUUCUUUGAGGAGCUGAUCCCAGGAGUGCAAGGGCUUAAAUGCGAGUCCGAUGCCUACCUUGAUGUGAGCUUGUAUUUGCCGAUGGAAGGUAUGCAGUACCGCACCACUUUGGUUUGCGUUGAUCCUGUAAUGCGCAUUUGGGAGCUUUGGGAGCUGUGCCGCGAUGUCACAACUUUGGAUGUGCUUGAUGAGCAAUUUGCCGAUGGGGUAGAGCGCACGGUGCUAACCAUUGCCUCCAGAGAAGCUUUGACGGCAGAGCAGCUUGGGAUCGUGAUGCAAGGUGACGUGCAAGAGGCGCCAGAUGGUGCUACAGAUGUGCCAAUGCAGGAAGGCGAAGGUGAGCCUGCAGGUGUUGCGCAGGAGGUUGGAGGGAUCGGCUCUCCUCCUCCUUUUGAGUCUACUGUUCCGGGCACCCCUGAUCUUGAAGCUUUGUUUGCAAGUGAUGUUGAGGGUGAGAAGCAGCAUCAUGAUGGUGCGAAUGUGCCCGUGGCCCAGCAAGCAGCUUUGGAGGCUGCAACCCGAGAUGAUGAAAUGACCGGUGAUUUCAUUGAAGUGAAUGGUGUCAGAGUGACCGCCGACUCGGCGUUGAGUGUCAUGCGCAAAGCCUGCGAGUAUCUGAAUAUAGGCCGUUCAGGUGGCAAAGCCAAGGUGUACAAAAGGUUGUGCGAUCACUUGAAGCGUCUUGAACUUGCAGAAGGUGUGCGCCAGAAACAGGAGCGUGCACAAGGCGAGAGCCGUGAGCCUCGUGAGGUUCCGCUUGUGAAGGAGCCAACGCUGCAUGAGCGGUUGCAACACAAUCUGACGCACGCCCCGUACCGUGAGUGGUGCGAACACUGCGUGAUGCACAAGGCGCGAAGUGAUCGUGCCAGCGCCACUGUUGAACCUAAGCGGGCCGUUUCGGUUCUCUCCUUCGACUUCGGGUUCACAGGUCGCGAGCUUGAUCCUGAGAACAAGCUUAUCACCCUGUGUGUGAAGGACCGUGCAACAGGUUGGAGAGAGGCCAUUCCCACCAAGCGCAAAGGCGGUCCGGAAAGCACCAAAUUUCUCACCAGCGAGAUCGUCAGAUUGUGCAAUGUGCUGGGAUACAAUGAUGUGACCAUACGUUGCGACCCUGAGCCCAGUUGCAAGACCCUCCAGCAGGAGGUUCAGAAGGCCCGAGGUCGCCUGGGUCAAAGGACGAGGCUGGAGCAGUCAGGUGAAGAGGAAAAGGCCUCGAACGGUGCCGCGGAAGAAGCAGUGGAAUCCACUAGACAGCAAGCAUGUGUGCUGUUGAGUGCUUAUGAGCACAACACCGGCAAGCAAGUAGGCAGUUUGCACCCACUUCACGCGUGGGCUGCUCGCCAUGGGUCGUGGUUGCUGAACAGGUAUGUCGUUGCUCGAGAUCAGCAGACCCCGUUUGAAUGCACUUUCCAGUCGCCCUAUACAGGCAAGCUUGUCGAGUUCGGUGAGUGUGUGAUGGCUAUGUGCCGCACAGCGAUGACCAACAAGCCUGUGAAAGGAUCCGCCAAAUGGGUCCGCUCGCUGUGGUUGGGCAAGGCCAAUGCGAGUGAUGGCCACCUGGUUGUCACAGCAGGUGGGAAACUUCUCAUCACCCGUUCCAUCCGCCGAACGCCCGAGCGAUGGGAUCCCAGCUUGCAUGAUUGCAUCAAGGAUUUUCCUUGGGACCACCCGGGAUUUGUGGCAGGUGGACUUGGUAAGAUGCGCAAGCAGCGUGAGGCCAAACCUGUUGAAGCUGUUGCGGAACCAACGGCUGAUGAAGUUGGUGUGCUUGGGCCUGUGAGCCCUUUGCUUGCAGGGCCCGGUGAUGAAGCUGCUUCGGAUCCUGAGACCAGCUUGAACUACUCGCCAAGCCUCCCUGCUUCAGAGCACAAAAGCAAUGGCCCAGAUGGAAGCGCAGGCAGCAGCACAAGCAGCAGCAGCUCGAGUGAUGAUGAUGGCAGUGGUACGGCCGCUGGCAAUGCGCCAGCCGAGCAGCCUGAUGCUGCUAUGCAAGGUGUCGAGGCUGAGGUGCCACAAGGUGUUGCAGGAGUGCCUAGCGCAGGCGGGGAUGCGAAUGCUGAGGAACGCCCGGCAAAGGCAGCCAAGUUGCGUGCUGUGACACAAAACGAAUUUUACCACAAUGAUGCAUCAAUUGAUUUUAAUUUUGAAGAUGCCGAGCUUGAUGAGCUAGAGGGCUAUGAUUAUGGGCUGGCUGAUUACUAUUUUAGUGAGGAAGCUGGCGGAUCUGAUGCGCCGCCCGAUGAGCUGUGGAGGCCAUUUGGGCCCACAGAGCCAAGCCUUUCAGAAGCCGAGAUGCUGAUGAUUGACAGUGCAGCCGAUGAUUUUGAGAUCCGUAGGCUGUUGGCCAUGCAUGUGCUUGAGGCCCUCACUUGUGACGCAGCUGAGCAAGCACAGACUGAGGGAUCCAGACUGUUGUCAACGAAAUUUGUCAGGAGCUGGAGAAUCAAGAUGCGCAAACUUGGCGAUGGAACUGAACAGCAGCAAUACUUGAGGCGGUCCAGGUUUGUAGGGCGUGAGUACGCUUGGAUGGACAAGGAUAGGACCGAGCUGUUCGCUCCUGCUUCUAGUAGUCUGCUGACGAGGUUGUUGCCAUCAGCCUUUAUGAGGUCCAAAGGUGAAGGGCAUGCAUGCUGUGUGCUUGAUGUGGCAGACGCGUUUCUCACCGUCGACCAGCGCAUACCAACGGUUGUCAAGGCAAGCCUCGGGGAUCAGCAAUCACAUGUGCAACAUUUCCGUCUACUGAAGCUCCUGCCGGGGCAGCGCGAUGGAACGAUCCGGUGGCAUGAAUCGUUCACUGAGUAUCUUGACAGCAAGCUUGGAUUGGAACCGUAUGUGCCAUGCCCGGCACUCUUCAAGCUGAAGAAUGUUGCAGUUGCUGGAUUGUUGCAUGUGGACGACUUGUUCAGUGAAGGACAGCGCAAAGGCUUGAAUGUGAUGGUGUCAUGUGUGCAGGACAAAUACAAGUGCACGGUGAGCUGGCUUUGUGAGCAUGGGGAUGAGGUUUCGUUUCUUAAGAAAGCAUAUCGGUUGGUUCGUGAUGACCUCUUGAUUAUCCAACCUCACCCGCGCCAUGUUGAGAAGCUGGUUGAAAUGUUCAACCUCACACGUGCGAGGAGCAAGUCGAGCCCCCUGCCGACCACUCUUCCAACGGAUGAUGAAGAGUUGACUGGCGAGCAGAGUUCGAUGUUUCGUACUGCGGUUGGAGUACUCUUGUAUCUGCAGGCCGAUGUGAUUGAAGCGCAAUUUGGGAUCCGGUGGUUGGCCCAACACAUGAGUCGCCCCACCACUGGGGCACUGCGCGUGCUGAAGCACAUGAUCCUUUACCUUCGGGACACUAGUGGUUAUGCCAUAGGUUUCCCAGUGCCCACCAUAGGCAUAGGAGUCAGUGUACAAAGCAAGGCGGGGCACGAUGUGCUGGAGACACACACCGACGCCGACUGGGCUGGAGAUAAGGUGCAUCGGAAGUCGGUGUCAGGAUGCGUCAUAACCUUGAACAGCCACCUGCUAAGCAGCAGCAGCCGGACACAGAAAUCCAUAGCGUUAAGCUCAGGAGAAUCCGAAUAUGCCAGUGCCGUUUCAGGAACGUGUGAUCAAGUGUUCAUCCGCAAUGCCGUCGAGUUUGUCCUUGGAACAAAGGUGGAGUCGCAUUUGCUUUUGGACUCAGCGGCAGCCCGAGGUGUGAUCGCCCGACAGGGCGCAGGCCGAAUCAGACACUUGGAAGCGAAGAUGUUAUGGCUGCAGCAGUACGCCCGUGAAAGCCUCCAGGUGCACCCUGUUGAUGGCAAGCACAAUGUGUCCGACCUUGGAACGAAAAGCCUUCAAGGACCCCGGAUCAAAGCAUUGCUGCACAAGGUUGGGAUCCGGGAUGCCAAUGAUGACUAUGCGCUUGUGGGGAGUGAAGAGUUUCAGAACCUUCUUGAUGGCAACACAGUGCGCAAGCUGGUGCGAUUGGUCAAGCAGCAGGGCAAUGCUGGCAAUUCCGUUGGAUUGCAAGUUGCAAUGAUUGUCUUAUCGCACGCCUUGAGCCAGCAUGCCGUUGCAGCCGCAGCGGACAGCGAGGAACAAGAUGUCGGUGCCGAUGAUGGCACAGAUGGAAUGCACAGCAUCGUCCAACAGGUGCUGGAGAUGAUCAUGCUUGUGUUCACUUUUGCAGGUGAGUAUGCCCAGCUGUAUCCGAUUGCAGCCACAAGCUUCAUGCAAGGGUUCAUGUGGAUGAUUCUGAUGUGCUUGGGAUGGUGUGUGUGCCGAAGGCGCAAUGUGAUCUUGAGCAUGCGAGGUGAUGCGUCAGGAGAUGAUGGCAUGUCUCCUGCAUCGCCACGCGGUGCCAGGAGUAAGCGAAUGACCAAGCCGCCCAAGCGCAGUUGCGGUGACAGCGAUGAUGAAGGGGCACGUGGUGAAAGUGCCAAUGCUGGUGAUGUGCCAAUGAGCAGCCAUGAAUCGCCAGGUCGCUUGAACUUCAACGUGCCGUUGACCCCGGGAGCCUCGGUCAAGCUUGAAGUGUCGAGUGGCAGUGCAAGCGAUAAGCCGUCAAGCAGUGCAGCAAGCACAAGCAGCACAGGAGAUGCCGAUGUCCCGCGUGCAAGGCGUCCACCAGCAAGGCCCAAGCCAAAGGCCAGGAACAGCGAUGAUGAUGAAGUGUGGGUUUCCGGUGCCCAGGGCUACUGCUAUCACAAAGCAGGAUGCGGAAAGCUGAACCAGAGCAACAGUGUUACAUCGACUACCAGGCGGUUGGCUGAGAGUCGUGGAUACCGCGGAUGCCGCAUUUGCAAUCCUUGA